AUGAGUUUGCGAGAUCCAUGGAUUCCUCUCAUCAAGGUAUUAGAAGCUUAUCCUGAAAAUUCAGAACUGAUUCAGGAGUUAAAGACUCAAUGCUUCACAUCACCUAUCCCUUGGAACAAUACCCUUAAAUUCCCGGAUAAAAGCAUAGUAGUGGAGGCAUAG